UUAUGAGUGAACGUCAUCGUUAUGAAGGUAAAUUAAAAGCCAAACUGAGUGGCGUGAAAAAGUGAGUGCUGUAAAACGAAGAAAAAGAAUGAUGAAGAAUCUACUUGCAUAUAAGAUGGUAGUAUGAGAACGAUGUGUCCGCGUAUUUUAGCAGAAAAAAUGUGGUGUACUGAUUGUGAUACAGCCUUUUCAUUCCGAUAUGUUGAAGAAGAAAAGAGGAUUGGGUUAGCAAGUGUAUAUAAAAUAAGAUGUCAUCAGUGCUUAAAUAUUUAUGUUCUGCCGACUUCCACUAAAACAACAAGUAGCAACCAUUCUCAUGAGUUCCGUAAUUGCCAAUACUCCAUUAAUGUUAAAGCUGCAGCAGCUGUUAUUGAUUCAGGAUUAGGCUCGUCACAAUUAAACACGGUGCUUUCUGAGUUGAACAUUCCACCAAUUUCAUCUAGUAUACUCGGACGUCAUGAACGUGUGGUAGAAAAUGCUUUAAAAAAGCUGCGCAAAAGCAAUUCCAGAAGAAAAACAGUUAACAAUAAAAGAGAAUGGAUCACAGUUGUCAGAGGAAGCAGUGUACUUCUACCACGGAUCCCAAUGAUUCCUUCAGAUUCGCCUAUACCAUUCAAACAUUUACAAUUUUCGAUCCGCUUGGCAUAUGUUAUGACUAUAAAUAAGUCACAAGGCCAAACAAUGACAAUUUGUGGUCAAUUAUAUGUUGCGUGUUCCAGAGUUGGAAAACCAUCGAAUUUGUUUGUUUAUACGCCUCAAGGAUUAACUAAAAAUAUUGUACAUCCUAUAGCAUUAAGAUAA